CAGAGGGAGGCAGAGAGACAGAGGGAGGCAGAGAGACAGAGAGAAGCAGAGAGACAGAGAGAAGCAGAGAGAGCCACAGAAGCAAUGGAGUACCAGAGAAAACUGCAGGAGAUCCACAGACUCAAACAACUGCUGGAUCUACUGAUGGUGGACCUACAACUGGCCCACCAAGAGAUUGAGAGAUUGAGGCUAUGGCAGAAAGUCAUGGAGGAGCAGCGACCAAGACUGGCCUGGAACAACAAACCUAUUGAAACAGGAAGAGAGAGGGAAAGAGAGAGGGAAAAAGAGAGAGAAAGGGAGAUGGAAAGGGAGAGAAAAGCAGAAUUGGAAAGACAAGAAAUGAAGAAGAAAGUGGAACAGGCAGAAGAAACGAUAAAAGCGUUAGAACGAGAGAUUGAGAGAUUGAAAGAGAUUGAGAAGGAAAUCAUAUUUGAAAGAGAAAGAGACAUGCGUAUUGCAGAGAAUGAGAAAGUCAAACUGGUUAACGAAAAGGUAAAAGAGUUAGAGAGAGAGGUUGAGAGACUGAAAGAAGAUAUGACAACAAAAGAGAUUCAAUACAAAAUCACAUUUGAAAGAGCGAAAGAAGCGUUUAGAAGACAGAAUGAGAGAGUGAAACAGGUUCACCAAAAUGUACUAGUGUUAGACAGAGAGGUUGUGAGAAUGAAAGAAGAGAUUAGAUUGAAAGACGAGACUGAACCAGAGAGAACAUUUGAUAGAGACAGAGAGAGAGAAAAUGAUUGGAGACGAAGUGAAGAGGAGAUGAAAAAUAGAGUGGAGAGAGAGAUGGAGAUGGAGACAGCCCUCAUCAAUGACAAAAAGACGUCUGAAUUGGAGGAAGUCUUCAAGAAAAUCAAGGAACAGCAGAUAGAAUUAGAAAAUAUGGAAACAGACAAAUAUAAAUGGAAACAGAACCAAAUGGACAUGGAGGAGAAGAUGGAGGGUGAGCACAACAAACAGAAAGAGGUAGAAAGAAAGAGAAUGGAGAAAAUACCAAAACAGAGACAAGAAGAAGAUGAGAAGAAGAAGGAGAUGGAG